UAACCCAAAAGACGAAAUGGCAACUUCUGCAAUUAUGAUCCCCUGCAGUUCAGUCGCAUUUCUCUGCCCGCACGUCUGAAAAAAACUCAAAAGGAAUUCUGCAGCGAUGGCGGAGGGAGAAGUUAGCUAUGCUUCAGUUGUGUUCAAAACGAACGCACAACCCCGACAGGGAGCUCCAAAGGAAGAGGAAACUGUGUAUGAUGAAGUAAAAGUGGGAAAUCAAACGACUGAACAACAUGCUGAUGCAAAUGCAGGAUUCUUGCAGGACAAGAAAGCACACGGCCGCCUUCGCCGCUAUCAGCAACUGGCCUGUGGUUUGGGGACUGUAUGUUUGAUUUUGCUACUGGGCGUCAUAGCAGGCUGUAUCUACAUUUCUAGGUUAAAUAAUGUGAGUGAUGUAAGUCAGCUGAACCACAUAAGAGACAACCAAACCGCUUUAAUGGCUGUCAAUCGCAACCUGACAGAAAGCAACGACAAACUCAGCUCAGACAAUGAGAAGUUGAGGAAGGACCACAGCAGUCUGACAGUCCAGUUAGACAACCUGAAACAAGACUAUGCUGUCUUAGAAAACAACAUCACCAACCUGACUGAGGCAAACUGGAACCUCACAAUGCAAAACCAGGAGCUGGAGAAGGACAAGAAAAACCUAACAGAACAAAUACAGAACAUGGAGACGAGCUGGAAUGAGCUCAACACCAGUCGAGCUCAGUGGACCAUUGAUGCCUACUGCCCAGAAAACAAAGGAAAUCGACAGUGUAAACCCUGUCAGGAUGGCUGGGAAAUGUCUGAGUCCAACUGCUAUGUAAUUCAUAACACUGAUAACUAUGAUGAGCUGAAAACCUGGGAAGAAGCUCAAGAAAACUGCAGAGGAAAGAAUUCAGAUUUGGCUGUUGCUGCUACUGAAGCACAAAAGAACGUUGUCACUGGAUAUAGUUGGCCUGGAAACUAUAAUCAAUACUGGAUUGGCCUGAGAGCUGAAGACAAUAAAUGGAAGUGGGUCGAUGGAACUGAUCUGACUGAAAGCUCCUGGAUUCAACAACCUCCUCCUGAAGGUUUUUGUGCAGUUUCUGUCAAUAAUGCAGGAUGGAGGGCAGUGAGCUGUGAUAUGAAGAACCGAUGGAUCUGCCAGAAGAAAGCUUUGUCUGUUUAAGUCAGCAGUCAGCUGGGUCAUGAUUAUCAAAACCAUGAAGACUUCUAUGUCACAUUAAUCAAGUCUCUUGUUUCAUUUGAUAUGAAAAUGUAGGAGUGUGUGUGUGAAAACCUGGUAGUUUGAUCAUGUGGGUGUUUUCAGUCUGCUCCACUGAGAAAAAUACAGUAGCUUACCUAUCAGGGCAAAUGUUGUUCAUCUGUAACUUUACAUUAUCAUUUUAUUUGCACUGCAAUAGAUGCACGCACAAGUUUGAUAUCAGCAGACUGAUAAAAGGAACCAGCAAAACUCUUCA